AUGACUCAUUUGCAGGCAGGUCUCUCCCCGGAGACUCUGGAGAAAGCUCGGCUGGAGCUGAAUGAGAACCCCGACACCUUGCACCAGGACAUCCAGGAGGUGCGGGACAUGGUGAUCACCCGGCCGGACAUCGGCUUUCUCCGCACCGACGAUGCCUUCAUCCUGCGGUUCCUGCGGGCCAGGAAGUUUCAGCACUUCGAGGCGUUUCGCCUCCUGGCCCAGUACUUUGAAUAUCGCCAGCAGAACCUGGACAUGUUCAAAAGCUUCAAGGCCACAGACCCGGGCAUCAAGCAGGCUCUGAAGGAUGGCUUCCCCGGCGGGCUGGCCAACCUGGACCACUACGGCAGGAAGAUCCUUGUCCUCUUUGCUGCCAACUGGGACCAGAGCAGGUACACACUGGUGGAUAUUUUGCGUGCCAUACUUCUUUCUUUAGAAGCCAUGAUAGAAGACCCCGAGCUUCAAGUGAAUGGAUUUGUUUUGAUUAUAGACUGGAGCAACUUCACCUUCAAGCAGGCCUCCAAGCUCACACCAAGCAUGCUCAGAUUAGCCAUUGAGGGCCUUCAGGACAGUUUUCCAGCUCGGUUUGGAGGAAUACAUUUCGUCAAUCAGCCGUGGUAUAUCCAUGCUCUCUACACAGUUAUUCGUCCCUUUUUAAAGGAGAAGACACGAAAAAGGAUAUUCCUGCAUGGUAAUAACCUCAACAGCCUGCAUCAGCUGAUACACCCUGAGAUCCUGCCAUCAGAAUUUGGAGGAAUGUUGCCCCCCUAUGACAUGGGGACAUGGGCAAGAACACUGCUUGACCAUGAGUACGAUGAUGACAGUGAAAGCAAUGCAGACUCCUACAACACUCCUGCAAAGGAUAUAGAAAAGGACCUCUCUCCCAAAUCCAUGAAAAGGUCUCAGUCAGUUGUGGAUCCAGGGGUGCUGAAACGCAUGGAUAAGAAUGAGGAAGAAAACAUGCAGCCUUUGCUUUCACUUGACUAACAGUUCCUGAGCAUCAGACAAGAACUGAGGUAGAAUGCACUGCCUCUCAGCAGCAAGCAAACCAUUGGGAAAGAAUCUACCCGCUGGAAACCCAUUUACUCAUGUUAAUGUAGCAUAAUGG